AUGGCCACUCUUCACUAUCUCCCUCCGGUCAAGCCUUCGGCCAUCGCCCUCGGUGUGGUCUUCAACCAAGUCGCUUCCGCGGGUGUUCUCGCCCCUCUGUUCGGUGACACCUACCACCGGGCCAAGGCUGCCGAUAGCAAGGAGGAAUUCUUCAAGAGCAAGGAAGCCGCCACUGCUGCCGCAAGCUGGGGUUCGUCCCUUGUUGGUUCCGCCGUCCAGACCUACGGUGUUGCCGCCCUGAUCAAUGCCACCGGUACGCUCAGCUACAAGGGCGCCGCCUAUCUGGGAAGCUUGAUCUUUAUGGCGACAUACUCUCCAUCGCUCAUCUCCGCGCUUGUCACCGAGAACCGACCUGUAGAAGUGGUUGCUGUGGGCGUUCUAUCUCGCCUAGCAGAGACCGUCGGCCUCAGCGUGUUCCUUACCUACUGGGGCACCCGAACCAACCCAUUCGACUAG